CAACCCAGGCGAUGGUCACACCGCGAUCACUACGAUAUUUCACCUUCGAUAUCAUAUCGACGAUAUGUAAACAUAAUUGCCAUCACUACCCCAGCACCGAGCCGAAAUAAAAUAAGCGCAGCGUCUAAUUAAAACCAAAUUGAUUGAUUUGGCCGCGGCCGAAACUGGACAUUCGCAAUUUGGGCGGUCAGCCGCCCCCAUUCCCGUCCCGCCCCCUGCGCGUUUCCCGCUGCCGACGAACAGCACGUCGGUGUGACGCACAUCGGUGUGUGUGAGUGUGGUGUGCCUUGUUAUUGUUGUUGUAGCGCUUGCUACGUUCGCCGUUCGCAGUGCACUGGUGUGCGAUCGAGGCGAAAGAGUGUGUGUGUGUGCAAAGAGGUAUCGUUGGAAUUAACAAAAAAAAAAAAGGAAAAACCAACAAGAUUGGAGAAGAAAAACACUUAAAAGCCGAGAAACAAAGCUAAUCUUUAACAUCCCAAAUCGAACACCCCCUUUUGGCCAGGUUUGCCAAAAAGUGUUGACUCAACUGUUGCAUGCCAAGCGGAUUACUGGCAGCCAAGCUCUUCUGUUUACCCACAAACAUCCUGGUCAUACUCCUGAUUCUCAUUGUACUACCUGUAGAAGCACAUUUUCCGCGAAUUGAUAAACUUCUGCGACCGGGAUAUAUACGGCCGGGUGUCCGGCUGCGUCCGCAUGUGGCGUUGGCGGCAGACCACCAAAAGAAGCCAGCGCCAAGUGCUAAAUCCUCGUCCGCAUUCGGAUCGCAUACAGUGGCAGCGGUUUUAAAGCACUUAGCUAGAAAUCAAACGACGCUCGUGACCUCAUCGCCAGAACAACAGCAAGCCAGCGCUUAACGCGUGCCUCCUCAUUACCAUUAGCAUUCCCCGGAAUUCAGGCAACUAACUCCUGGCAGUUUAGUUUUUGGCGCUUACAGGUGUACCAGAAAUAGCAACUAAGCAGCGAGAGGAACAUUUACUAACCACCAGGAAGGAACAGCAACGGCGGCUAUAUUAUCUUACAUUUGCAUGCCAGCUGGAUUAGAACCUGUGACCAGACAUCAGCGCAGCAUGGAUGUGGAACGAAGGCGCCGGGCGAAUACGCUCGAGCGCGAGAUGCGCGAUCCGACCAGCAUCUGCAAUGUGGACUGCCUGCUGGACACGGUAUCGGCAUUGGUCAGCGAUUGUGACCACGACUCCCUGAGGCGGCUUAAAAACAUCGAACAGUAUGCGGCCAAAUAUAAACCAUUGGCGUUGCAAAUCAAUCAGCUGCGCAUGAACGUUGAGGAUUUCGACUUCAUUAAACUCAUCGGCGCCGGCGCCUUCGGAGAAGUGCAGUUGGUGCGGCACAAAUCCUCCAGUCAGGUGUAUGCCAUGAAGCGGCUGUCCAAGUUCGAGAUGAUGAAACGACCAGAUUCAGCCUUCUUCUGGGAGGAGCGACACAUCAUGGCGCAUGCCAAUUCCGAAUGGAUCGUCCAGCUGCACUUUGCCUUCCAGGAUGCCAAAUAUCUGUACAUGGUGAUGGACUUCAUGCCCGGCGGCGAUAUAGUGUCCCUGAUGGGUGACUACGACAUACCAGAGAAGUGGGCUAUCUUUUACACGAUGGAGGUGGUACUGGCUCUGGACACUAUUCAUAACAUGGGCUUCGUCCAUCGCGACGUCAAGCCGGACAACAUGCUUCUCGACAGCUAUGGCCAUCUGAAGCUGGCCGACUUUGGAACCUGUAUGAGAAUGGGUGCCAAUGGUCAAGUGGUGUCCAGCAAUGCGGUGGGCACGCCGGAUUACAUUAGUCCGGAAGUGCUGCAAUCGCAGGGCGUUGACAAUGAGUAUGGAAGGGAGUGCGAUUGGUGGUCGGUGGGCAUCUUUUUAUAUGAGAUGCUAUUCGGUGAAACGCCCUUCUAUGCGGACUCUCUGGUCGGUACCUACGGCAAGAUCAUGGACCACAAAAACUCGCUUAGCUUUCCACCCGAGGUGGAGAUUAGUGAGCAGGCCAAGGCCUUGAUCCGUGCCUUCCUCACAGAUCGGACGCAACGUUUGGGACGCUAUGGCAUCGAGGACAUAAAGGCCCAUCCAUUUUUCCGCAACGAUACCUGGUCGUUCGACAAUAUUCGUGAGAGUGUGCCGCCAGUUGUGCCGGAACUCUCAUCCGAUGAUGAUACGCGAAACUUCGAAGACAUCGAAAGGGAUGAGAAGCCAGAAGAAGUAUUUCCCGUUCCCAAGGGUUUCGAUGGCAACCACCUGCCGUUUAUCGGCUUCACCUACACAGGCGACUAUCAGCUGCUGUCCAGUGACACCGUGGACGCUGAGUCCAAGGAGACCAAUGUGGCGAACAGCGGUGCUGCCAGUAAUAAUCACGGCCACGGGCACAAUCACCGCCAUCGGCCAUCGAAUUCCAAUGAGUUGAAGCGCCUGGAGGCACUGCUAGAAAGGGAGCGCGGUAGAUCGGAGGCGCUUGAGCAACAGGACGCAGGUCUGCGGCAGCAAAUCGAGCUGAUAACAAAGCGCGAGGCGGAGCUACAGCGGAUAGCCUCAGAAUACGAGAAGGAUCUGGCUCUGCGCCAGCACAACUACAAGGUUGCCAUGCAGAAGGUAGAACAAGAAAUCGAGCUGCGCAAGAAGACGGAGGCGUUGCUCGUAGAAACGCAGCGCAAUCUGGAGAAUGAGCAGAAGACGCGAGCUCGUGACCUCAACAUAAACGACAAGGUGGUCUCGCUGGAGAAGCAGCUGCUCGAGAUGGAGCAGAGCUAUAAAACGGAGACGGAGCAAACUCAGAAGCUGAAGAAGCACAACGCCGAGCUGGACUUCACUGUAAAGUCACAGGAGGACAAAGUGCGAGACAUGGUCGAUAUGAUCGAUACGCUUCAAAAGCACAAGGAUGAACUGGGUCAGGAGAAUGCCGAGCUGCAGGCGCUGGUGGUGCAGGAGAAGAAUCUGCGAUCGCAGCUUAAGGAGAUGCACAAGGAGGCCGAGAACAAGAUGCAGACGCUGAUCAAUGAUAUCGAGCGGACACUGGGUCGCGAGCAGAAAGCCCAGGAGGACAACCGUGCACUGUUGGAGAAGAUCAGUGACCUCGAAAAGGCGCAUGCCGGUCUUGACUUUGAGUUAAAGGCGGCUCAGGGCCGAUACCAACAGGAGGUCAAGGCCCAUCAAGAGACCGAAAAAUCGCGCCUUGUCUCCCGCGAGGAAGCUAAUCUGCAAGAGGUUAAGGCUCUGCAGUCCAAGCUCAACGAGGAGAAGUCCGCUCGCAUCAAGGCCGACCAGCAUUCGCAGGAGAAGGAGCGACAAUUAAGUAUGCUUUCCGUGGACUAUCGCCAAAUCCAGCUGCGACUCCAAAAGCUCGAGGGCGAGUGUCGCCAGGAGUCUGAGAAAGUGGCAGCUCUGCAAUCCCAGCUCGAUCAGGAGCACAGUAAACGCAAUGCCCUGCUUUCGGAGCUAAGUCUGCACAGCUCGGAGGUGGCCCACCUGCGAUCCCGAGAGAAUCAGAUGCAGAAGGAACUGGCAGUACAACGCGAGGCUAAGCGUCGCUUCGAGGAGGACCUUACCCAGCUGAAAAGCACUCACCACGAGGCGCUGGCCAACAACCGUGAGCUGCAAGCCCAGCUUGAGGCGGAGCAGUGCUUCUCACGGCUGUACAAGACACAGGCCAACGAGAACCGAGAGGAAAGUGCAGAGCGACUGGCCAAGAUCGAGGACCUCGAGGAGGAACGCGUUUCAUUAAAGCACCAGGUGCAGGUGGCCGUUGCCCGCGCGGAUUCGGAGGCCUUGGCCCGCUCUAUUGCCGAAGAGACUGUAGCCGAUCUCGAGAAGGAAAAGACCAUCAAAGAGCUGGAGCUAAAGGACUUCGUUAUGAAGCACCGCAACGAGAUCAAUGCCAAGGAAGCGGCCCUGGCCACACUCAAGGAGGCCGAAAUCGAAUUGCACAAAAAGCUGGGUCAGAAGAGUGUAGAAUACGAAGAUCUUGUCCAGCAGCACAAGAAGCAGCAGGACGAGCUGACACUGAUGAGGAACAGCAAGGACGAAGAGAUAAACAAAUUGCUGGACAAGUGCAAGAACGAAAUCCUCCUCAAACAGGUGGCGGUAAACAAGUUGGCCGAAGUGAUGAACCGUCGCGAUUCCGACCUGCCCAAGCAAAAGAACAAGGCCCGUUCUACUGCCGAGCUGCGAAAAAAGGAAAAAGAGAUGCGUCGAUUGCAGCAGGAGCUGUCGCAGGAGCGCGACAAGUACAACCAGAUGCUGCUAAAGCACCAGGACCUGCAGCAACAAUACGCCGAGGAGCAGCAGCUAAAGCAAAAGAUGGUCAUGGAAAUCGACUGCAAGGCCACCGAGAUCGAGCACCUGCAGAGCAAGCUCAACGAGACAGCGUCGUUGUCUUCGGCGGACAACGAUCCCGAGGAUAGCCAGCACUCCUCUCUGCUCUCCCUCACACAGGACUCGGUCUUCGAGGGCUGGCUGAGUGUGCCCAACAAACAGAACCGUCGACGUGGCCACGGCUGGAAGCGGCAGUACGUCAUCGUGUCGUCGCGGAAGAUCAUCUUCUACAACACGGAUAUUGACAAGCACAACACAACGGAUGCCGUGCUCAUCCUGGACCUGAGCAAGGUAUACCACGUUCGUAGCGUCACUCAGGGCGAUGUCAUACGCGCCGAUGCCAAAGAGAUUCCGCGCAUCUUCCAGCUGCUGUACGCCGGUGAGGGCGCUUCUCAUCGUCCUGAUGAGCAGAGUCAACUGGAUGUGAGUGUGCUGCACGGAAACAGCAACGAGGAGCGCCCAGGCACCAUAGUCCACAAAGGUCAUGAGUUUGUCCACAUUACCUACCACAUGCCUACGGCCUGCGAGGUGUGCCCGAAGCCUUUGUGGCACAUGUUCAAGCCGCCGGCGGCUUACGAAUGCAAGAGAUGCCGCAACAAGAUUCACAAGGAGCAUGUGGACAAACACGACCCACUGGCGCCCUGCAAGCUGAAUCACGAUCCGCGCAGUGCCCGAGACAUGCUGUUGCUGGCCGCCACGCCCGAGGAGCAGUCGGUGUGGGUGGCGCGCCUGCAGAAGCGUAUCCAAAAGAGUGGAUACAAAGCCAACUCGUCCAAUAACAACAGCACCGAUGGCAGCAAGAUAUCGCCCAGCCAAUCGACGCGCUCCUCCUACAAACCGUAUGCUGUUAAUGUUCAACGCUCCGCCACGCUGCCAGCCAAUUCAUCGCUGAAAUGAACGCCAAAACGAUCCAAUCCGAUCCCAGAUCCCAGAUGCCAGAUCCCAGGCAUGGCAAUGCAGCUGGAGCCAGGAGUCAAGCGUCUCCAGCCCCAACGAAACUAUAGCUAUGCAAAACUGAUACUGAUAUAGAGAGAAAAAAAAAGAGAGAGCAACUGCAAUUUGAAUGGCAACUGCAACUACUAUCUUAAAUUUACGCUCCAAACAUACAUGCUACAGUAAUCUAUAAAUAUUUUUUGAGUAAUUUACAAUCUAAAAACUAAACUACAACUAAACUGAAACUAAAACUAAUACUAAAACUGUAUCUUAAAGAAUAUGUAAAGCCAAUGCAACUCGUUUAACGCUUACCUAACAUCAAAAACUGAAUGGUGAGAAUGUCUAGAACAGAGUUGGCAACGUCAAGCGGGUCAGAGAUAAACCAUGGAUUUGUUUUGUGGCAUCGUUAUUCUAUAUAUACUAUAUAAUUUAUAUAAAUAUAAAUACGAUAUGGUAUUGUACGGCUUGCUAUUGUCUUCUGUCACCACGCUCACCACAACGAUGUGAGCUGUAGUUUAGUUAAGUGAAUCCAUGCCGUAGAAAGGGAGAAGAAGUUUGAUUGAGUUGAUUCUUUCGACGUCUCCCUUUUUUACAUAUUGAUGCCUUGUAUGACCUUUUUUUUUUUGAUACAACUAUAUAUAUAUAUAUAUAUUUAUAGAUAUAUAUAUAUAUAUAUAGAGAGAGAUAUUUGUUGUUGUUGUGUAGCAAAUCCGAUUGGCCAAACGUUGUUCUUAGUUGUAAUGAAACGAGAAGAUAACAAAUAAUCGCAUAUGAACAGAGCUAAACGAUAUAUAUAUAUAACCCAAGAUCAUAUCCUGUAAGCUAACAACAAACGAAUCGAGCAACCAACAAACCAGAACUAAGUUAAAGCCACUUUACAAAGCUUUAACUUGUAUUCCAUUUAAUGAGCACUCUUUUUUUAUAUAAAUAAUUAUAGUUUUACAUGUACAAGAUGGAACGAAUUGCGCGAUAUCGAAAAAGAAGCGAGUAUAAAUCAGUUACUUAAAUAGCAAACGCAAAAGCAAACUAAAUACACUGUCCUGUUUCGGUUUCUAGUUUCCGAUUCUAAAUCGGAUUUUGAAGAGUAUUCGAAAGGAGUUAAUUCAAAAUCAUUAAUUUCCAACAUUCAACCUUAGCGGCAAAGCGGAAGUAUACCGAUUUGGCCUUUGAUGGUAACCGGAAAAGGAAACGAAAACGAAAACGAAAUAGAAUAGGCUGUCUCUAGCCAUGGACAGAGCGAAACAUGAAUCGAAACUAAACUAAACUAAACUAAAGUAAAGUAAAGUAAAGCAAAGUACACCUAACUAUACAAAAUGAAAGAUGCGACACAGUGUUGUGUGUGUAAAAGGCUACAUCUAAGUAUUAAAUAUCCAAUAUGUUCUAGUUGUAAGCUAAGCAAAUUAUUUAUUUAUAUCAUUGUUCGAUGGCGCCAUCUAGCUAUCGACAACAGAAACGGCAGCAGCUUAGCACUCUACAAUUUGUAUGAUUUUGUAUUCCAAUUAAUGUUGAUUUUACUUAUGAUUUCGAAAUGCCCCCAACCCUUUUUUGAGUUUUGUAAUUUGAAAAUUAGUAGUAGUUUGUUUUUACAGAGUGUGUACAGAGUGAGAGGCGCCAGCGAAAUUUGCAUUUAAAAACAGUAACGAAGAUAAUGGCGAUGUUUUGAAGUUUCGAACUUACAUUGGUAGUCGGUUAGUUAGUUAUUAAAUCGCUAACCGUCUAUCGAUAGCCGCAAAUAUAGCUGCUAAGUUCGGACUUCGAUAUUGAGAUCGAAGCGCUGCUUUCAUUUUAACUUUGUACUUUAUUUGCACUAUUAUUAUGAUGAUCAUUCGUAUUACGUUUAUGUUUAAUUGUACUCUCUAGUUUAACCACGUUUGUAAUUGCAUUUGUCCUCGAAUCUACUCGAAUCGACUGGCAUCCAAAUGGAAUUGCAAGCGUCAAGCAAAUAAAAUGAUAAUGUGUAUAAAAUCAGUA